AACAAUUGAUUGCAACAAAAAUCAAAUUAAAUCCAUUGAAUCUAAAUAUCACUGAAGAAGACAAUGACCACAACAACAGCAAUGAAGGACUCGUUUGAUCGCUUCGGCGAUGAUUUGGCGAAACUAUUGCUAACAUAUCUGCCAAUUGAAAACAAACUAAGACUGCAAUCGGUGUCCAAACAGUGGUUGGCAUUGAUAUUCACUUCAGAAACAUAUCUGGUAUUUGAUAGAAAACUUCUGAAGAGAUUGUCAGACAAUUCAUUAGACAAUAGCAGAUGCGUUGGCUAUCAGAGUGUCGUCUCAUUGAUAGCGGUGUUUGAAUUGUUGAUCAAAAAGUGUCCAAACAUUACAACACUAACUAUAAAUGAUAGUAAUUAUUGCGACAAUUAUUUUCAAUUAAUAAUGAAAUACUGUUACCGAUUGAGACACAUAUCGCUUAAGUCUAUUAAUCACUGGAGUACUGAUAACUACAAAAUUUUUUACCGAUUUUGUAGCCAAUUUGGCCAACAAUUGUUGACAUUCAAGUUUGAUAGAUAUGACAGUUAUAUUAGCAGACAAUUGUAUGAAUCAAUUGAUUUAAUGCCAAACUUGAAGACACUGGACAUCGCUUAUGAUUAUAUGAAUAUUAGCAGAUUUUCGCAGAUAUUCAGUACUGAUAUGUCGUAUGUUUUGCCGAAAACAUUGCAAUCAACGACUAUAAGACUGAACAAUAUAUCGGUUGCGUUGUCUAAAAAGUUUCCCGAAAUUUGUGGACAACAAAUAACUUCAUUGGAUCUUUCAUUUGAUCGGUUUAAUAAUCUAAACUGUAAUUAUAACUCAUUGAUCAUCGGUUUGUCACAAAUGAAACGAUUAGUACAAUUGAAAAUUGUUUUGUCCAAUGAUUACGGCGACAGUAAAUUUCCCGAAGACUUGUUGACCACAGUUGGCCGCAAUUGUCGCCGACUUAAAGCAUUAAAAGUUGAGGUAUCAAUGGCGACAAAUACAUUGAAAAUUGGUCGCAUAUUUUCGGCAAUCACUGAACAUAUGUCACCGCAAUUGAGACGAUUAUCAGUGGAUAGUCAGCUAAAUUUUGACAAAAUUUUAUUACUGACCAGCGAUUCGUUAAAACGAUUUCAUCGAUUAACACAUUUGGCACUUCGCCUACACUAUUGGCGUACAAUUUAUGACCAGUUUUUCCGUGACAUUCACCGCAAUCUUCCGCGACUACAGUCUAUAUAUUUUGACCGAAUGGUUAUCACUAAGAAGGAGUCGAUCCUAGCUAUGGGACAGUUGGCACACUUGACGGAUGCUUUAUUGAAAAGACAUCAAAACGGUAUACAUCCAAGUAUACGGACCAUAUCACGAGAAGGGGUCGAACCAAAAGGGGAGAGAACUGAUCUGCUAACGGCUCUUAGCAGUACUAGUCUUAUGCCAAUGACUACCAGUAUCUCAAUGAUAAAAUCAUUGAGGAUACACGGGGUUUUAUAG